UCUUUUCUUGAACUAGUCUUCUCUUUCGCAACCACCGAAUGCCCUGAUCGGAACACUCGCAGCCCCAGUACUAUCGCCGUCUACUAUCCUGCGACUCUGUGCUAUUUCGCACAUCCAUCGUCGACGGAUACCCCGGAUCCUGACCGAACCACGCCGUGCAGUCUAGUCGCUGCCAUUUGCGGUCGUCUUUGACACCGUUGAGAUCCCGACCAAUCGAUAUUGUCACCAACGUUGAUUCUGUCUCUGUGAAGCGCCAUGCAGCUGACGGAGAGCGAGGCGAAUGAUGUCAAGCAGUGGGUGGUGAAGAAGCUGGAGGAUAUAUCGGAUGCAGACUCCGAUGUCCUUGCAGACUAUGUCCUUGCGCUGAUCAGGUCCGAUGUUCCGGAUGACGAAAUCCGGAAAGCUUCCGUGGAGAACCUGGAGGACUUUUUGAGAGAGCAUACCGCCCAAUUUGUUGACGAGCUGUUCGCCACAUUCGCUCAGAAGCCCAACCCCCCGGCGCCGGCUGUGCAACCUCAGAGCCAGUCGCAGUCCUCCCAUGACGCUCCUCCCCAUGGCGCAUCACCUCAGCAGCCUUAUUUCCCCCAAGGGCCCGCUUCCGGCCCCGCGGCAGGCGCAUAUGGGUCGCCCAUGGCUGGUAUGCCUCAAUCCCAGGACUCGUCUCCCAAUUUCAAUCGCAAGCGCAGCUUCCAUGAGGGGUUCCAAAUGGACCAAGACCGUGAGGACGAGGUCCCCCAAAAUCGCGCAUUCAAGACGCCUCGCCGCGGGCGCGGGGGUGGUCGGGGCGACUGGAUGGGACGGGAUGGACGUGGGCCUCCUCCUACUGGACCGGGCCAGUUCCCUGCUCCGGGACCGGGCGGGUUUCCUGGUAUGCCACCUGCGUUUCCGCCUUUCGAUCAAAACGAUCCGAUGGCGGCGAUGAUGGCUUUUCAGAGCAUGGGUUUCCCUCAGAUGCCGGGAAUGCCCAUGCCCAUGCCCCCAGGCCCCGGUGGUGCGGGUCAACCGCAGGAACAGAUGGUGCCCAAGAGCUCGGAACGGUGCCCUUUCUACGAGACACAGGGUAUUUGCUAUCUGGGAGCUACGUGUCCCUAUCAGCAUGAUGUCGUGCCUAGUAGUUCUAACGCGGACGAGUACGAUCCGAAAUCGGCGAAUAUUUUGACCGACUUCCAAAGACCACACUCAGACAGCCCCAUGCGCGGAGGCGAGAGAGGCCGUGGCCGUGGCCGCGGCCGUGGUGACCGUGGUGGAUUCGGAGGCCGCGGGCGUCGGUCCGAGUUCUCUUCUGCUGGUCCCAACGAAGACACAUCUAUCGCCACGAUCGUUGUUGAGCAGAUCCCUGACGAAAAACUGGACGAGACGUCGGUUAGAGAGUUCUUCUCGCAGUACGGAGAGAUAGUGGACGUCUCCAUCCAGCCGCAUCGGCGGUUGGCGUUAGUCACGUACGACGGCCAUGCAGCUGCCAAGCGAGCAUGGUCCAGCCCCAAGGUGAUAUUCGACAACCGAUUCGUCAAGGUGUACUGGCACAAGCCCAAGGGAGACAAGAACGGUGAGCGGCCGACGUCGGGUGACGACAUGGCCAAGGGACCAGCGUUCAACCAAGAGGAGUUCGAAAAGCAGCAAGAAGCCGCACAGAAGGCCCACGAGGAGAAACUACAAAAACGCAAGGAGAUGGAAGAAGCGAUGCAAGCGCUGGACAAGCAGCGUGAAGAGCUCAUGAAGAAACAGCAGGAAGAGAAACAAAGGUUACUGGAAAAAAUCGGCCAGGAGAGCACGAGCAAUGGCGCGCAGUCUCCAGACGGGAUGAGUCAAACCCCGCCUCAGGAAAACGCCAACGAUCAGACAAAGCAGUUACGAGCACAGCUCGCGGCCCUCGAGGCCGAGGCAAAGACCCUCGGAAUCGACCCCAACAGCGCGGAGGCCGGUGCGUCUUACCCCUUCCGUGGUCGCGGCAGGGGAUUUGGCCGAGGUGGAUUCGCGCCCCGUGGCCGCGGCGGGUAUGAUCCUUCCUACCGCGGAGGCUUCCGCGGGCGUGGAGGCGGCGUCGCUCGUGGCCGGGGCGGUGUCCUUCGUCUGGACAAUCGGCCCAGGAGAGUCGCCGUAUCAGGCGUCACAUUCGACUCGGAGAAAGACGAAGCCUUCAAACAAUUCCUCCUAAACGUCGGCGACUACGAAUCCAUCGAACCCAGCACCGACCAACCCGACACCCUAGUCGUAACCUUCAAACAGCGCUUCAUCGCCGAGAAGUUCAUGUUCGGCUCGUGGAAGAUCCCCGGCGUCGGCGAAGUCCAGCUCACCUGGGUUGCCAACCCUCCCCUAGCGCUGUCCACCGCAUCGACGGGCACUGGUUCCGACGGGAAGGCGGGCACGGGCACCGACGACGAUACCGCUAUGGAUACUACGUCUGCGCCGUCUCUCCAGCAGGACCAUUCGGGAGGGGCCCAGGUUGAUUACGAUGUUGCCGAGAUGGAGGAUAACUGGGAUGUGGAGUAGAUACAUAGAUUCUCUUCUUUUUCUUCUCCCGCGCCCCUUUUCUUCGCCUUGUUUCUUUGAUUCUACCUGUCUAGAUAUGAUGAGAUCUUGUUUGUUGUGACAUCUGGGUGGUUAUGAUGGUUUCGGUGUCUAGGGUAAUGUUAAAAAUAUGAUGGUUAUUCUCUCCACUGCUAUGGACUGUCUGUCUCAGAUUGCUAGACUGGGUCCUUGGGCAAAUUGUCUCGCCUAUACUGACAUGCAUAAUAAUGCAACAAUACCUUUCUGACGCAUAG